GUGGGCGCUAAGUGGAGGAGGCCGUUGGAGCGAAUGGGUAGGACGCCUGCCUCCAUCACAUGGUCCAGCGUAACCGAGAAACCUCGAGCACAGAUGGAGCAGGACGGGAAACCGAGAGACGAGCCCCUCUGGUAGCGGCGAGAAGCAUCCUCUGAAAUAGAAACAUAAGCUGCCCCUUCCGCAGCAGAAACGGAAAAACGGACGCAAGAAAAAAAGCAACAACAAAACCGACAGUUUUGCACAGUGUCAUGCUGCUUUCGCGUUUAAUAAUAUCACAGAAGAGUCAGGGAAGGUUGUGAGUGAGUGAGGGGGUGGAUCUUUUUGCUGAGAAUGAAAUCCAAGGCGCUUGUUGUCCCAAGUGAAUUCAUUUGAAGAGCUUGCAGAGACACAGAGCGACCGGGAUGCCGCCCAACAUCGCUCCACCUAUUCAUCCGCGAGGUUAAGUUUUCCUGAGCACCCUCCUUCUGUGUGAGUGUGUGUCUGAGUGUGUGUCUGAGUGUGUGUCUGAGUGUGUUAUGGCGUCUGUGAUGGACGAUUCCUACCGUAAGGUGCUGUUGCUAGGGGCCAUCGCUGCAGCGUCAGCCUUUGUGGUCACCAUCAUCAUCGUGGUGGUUUGUGUGGGCUGCCAAAGGAAAAACAAGACCAAGCAUCCUCCGGCCAAUGGAGAGAAGGGCUCCUCAGUAGACCUGGGUGCUCUCCAUCAGCCCAAGAACAGCUCCAUCAGUAAAUCUGACACUAGGCUGCAUGAGAUCAACCGCUUGCCCCGCAACGGCAACAGUGGGGGUAAGAACCGUCCUGCCAGUAUGGACCUUCUCCUCCUUCACAGCCAUCGCUCCACCUCUGACAUCCGCCCCCCCCUUGUCCGCCAGCUCCCCCAGAUCCCCACCAGCCCCGAGGGGGAGGGAAACAUCCAGAGGGGAGGAGAAGAGGGGGUCAGAGACCACACCUACACUGAGGUGGGGAUCCGGAACUCACCCGUCCGUUGCUUUGACAAUGGGCUGUACGAGAGUGUAGGGGUUAGAGAGGUUGACACGGUGCCCCCAGCUCCCCCACCCACAUCAGCCAACACCCCAGCAACACCGAGGACCUCACAGAGCCCCAACGGGACCCGCACCGACGAUGUCCUCAAUGGGAACAGAAACAGGAAUGGGAAUGGAAAUGCCAGAGGAGCUGUUAAUGGGAGCAGCAGAGGAGGGAAGGGGCUCAACGGUGCUAACGGAUCGGCCCUGCCCUCCCUGGCCCCCCAGGACCCUGUAACGGCAGAGUAUGCCUCCAUACGGAAGGUCAAGAAGGUGGACAAGGCAACCAAGAAGGAGAACGGGAAUGCAGAGUCAGAUGACCAAUCAAGUGUGGGAGAGUCACCCUCUGCCCCGCCCCCUCCACUGCCCCGCAGCCAGGAGUUUCUACAGAAACAGCUGGGUCCAUUCCACCUGCACGUCUUCCCUAAGGAGGCAGUGUUCAUGGGAAACGGGGAGCAGUACAUCUGGAAGCCCCCAGAGGACAAUGACAUCAUCACCUUGCACCCAGCGCCUAUACCCCCGGGGGAGAAUGGACAGGGAUACACACCCACAGCCAUGGAGAUUUCUGACACCUACUCCACUGUGUGUAAAACCCAGAAGAAGAAACCUCCCCCGGACAACAAUGGAGCCAAUACCCUCCCCCAAAACCAGUGCUCUGUGGAGGAGAAUGGAGGAGGUGGGGGAGGAGGAGCAGGAGGGAAUGGGGCGUGGGCCGGUUCCGGGGGAGGGGUGAGGGGUCGUGGCCGGGGGAUCCAGGGUGGUCAGGCCCGAUCCCACGAGGAGCCCUGCUACGCGCCAGUUGGUGACAGGACCUGGCCCGCCUGUGUGGUAGCCAAGUCUGCCCCGGCGUACGCCACUAUAGACUCCCACCGGAAACGUGAGCAGGCAGGUACCAAUAUUGGUGUACUGGGGUCAAACGCCACACUGAAGCCCAAGAAGAAGCUUCCUCAGCAGGAAGCGCUGACUCCAGGGGCCCCGGGCCCCCAGGGACCUCCAGCAGGUCCCCUGGCCCCUCUAACCAAGGCCCUGCCUGGGGGGGAGAACUUCUAUGAGACCAUCAGUGAUGUGAAACAGGGUGCUAACACAGCCAGCACCACCACCAUCUUCACUUUCAACGACGGGAUGGAGAUGUACGUCACUGGCCUGUAGCUGAGAGACACUGGCUCACACACUGUGGGGAUCAGACCUGUUUGGGUUCUUCUGACCCUGUCUACACCUGGUAUGAGCUAUGAAAGGGACUGGCAACAAUGCAUAUAGCAAUGAGACCCACUGGUGAAACCAAGCAUCGGAAGUCACUUUCAUAAUACAAUGUCUCCAGUGACAUGAUUAUGGCCACAUCCAGUGACAAAAGAAGAAGACAAUGUUUGGAGGUGGAUGUGGAGGCAUUCACCAGGUUUAGACAAGGUCUCUGACCCAGGGGCAGACACCAGACCCAACCAGUGGUGGAAAUUGACUUUUUGGUUCACUGACUGGGGGAUUCCAGAUAGGGGUUCCAGUGCCAGUCGUAGCUUUGAAAGGAACCCAGUUCCAGGGGUCCCUCCUCAUUUACACCACUGGACCAACAGAACCAGAACUACUCUACGUCUUUGAGAUGUAUCACAGAGCCAGUCUCGCUAACCCAGUCUGGCUAACCCGAGACUGAAUCAUUCGAGCCAGACUCCAACAACAGGUCCAACGAGACCAGACUGAGCAUCACGUUUUGCACUGGAUAACAGUGUCACUAUUCACUUUACCUUACCUUACACACCCAUUUGUGUGACAUUUUACAUAUAUAUUUAUUUUUGUAUAAAGAUGGUACCCUUAAUAAAGCAUGCCCUGUACAGAACGCACAACAUGAUAACACGCAAUCACAGAUACAUGUGCAAACACACACACACUGUAGGAAAACAUUGUUGUGCAUGAAAACACACAUUCUCACAAAGAUGACAGAGGAAAGAAGUGUGGAGACACCCAGGUGGCUUCACUUACAAGUCCCCACCCCCUGAUGACAUUAUCGAUGGUGUCACUGGUAGCUUCACUUAGAAGACUACUGACUAACUACAUUAGGAGUCUUUUUCUACGGCAAUACAGGGGUAAUACAGGCCUACUUCAAACAUUUUAGAUAUUUUUUGUUAAUAAUUAUUAUUAAAUUCAUUUCGAUUGAUCAGGUAGCACCCCUACUUCCCGCGGCUAUGUUUAUAUUGUUCCUUUCUGUUCCUCUUUAAACCUCUGAAAUAUAUAUAUUUUCUUUACAUUUAGCUCAACAUUAAAUGACUUCACCAAUCAGUGCGGAUCGAGCAGAUUGCUAUGGAGCGGGCAAGCUAUUUACAUGCAUUGGACAGACGAGUGUUGAGCACAAUAUGCGACUGAAAUUUGGCCAGUGGGGAGUGAGCGAGAGAGGGUGAAGAAGGCUUGGCUUGAUGCGCUGGGCAUCUUGUUGUUAUGAUAUACAUUAUCGGAAUUAGGGCCACAAAAUUAUACCUACGGAGGAGUGGCUUCUAUGAAGGAACUUAGAAUGUCUUUGAGCUUCAGAGAGUUGGCUUAAUGUUGGACCAGCUAGCUAGCUAGCUAACUAACAAGCUUCUGUGUGUAGAGCGGCACCAGAAUGAAAAGAAGAACAUGUCUUACCUUUUUGUGGUUAAUAAAUGUGAAAAGUGAUAAUUAUAGUAUCCUUAACUAGCAUUGAAAAGGUUCAUCUAUUCUUCUCUAAUAAAAACAUCUCUCUCUAAUUUCUGAAUCACGCUUGUAACAUCAGUAGACUACUAGACUAUACUUCGGAGGGGGAAGGACAGGUUGCCUACACAUGCACACACACUGGCAAAGAUGUUCAGCUGGCAGGAAUACGUUUCUGAGUGACAUAGUGAGGGCUUUGCAUAGGCGUUUUGUUGCGUUUUUUGUGGGAAUGUAAAAAAAAAAUCCCGGAACGUAAGAUAACAUUAUUAACCAGUUCCCAUGCUUUUAAAAUAACAGUUCUGUUCCGGAAUAGUAUAUAUUAGUUUAAUUUGCGGUUGUGAUUCUGUACAUCUAAAUGUUUUGUUAUUUUACAGGUUUUUGGUUCUGUUCUCUGAACCGGUUCUAACCCCUGACGGUAACAUACUCUAACCUGGAGGAGGCGCUCUCGUCUCAAACCCAACACUCUCCUGUACAACUUUUCCUUUUUGGUGUUCAAGGUAGAAAUUGCCCCUAACCACAGAUCUAUAGCCCAUACAUACAGUACGCUGAAGAUGUCUUGUAGCUGUACGUGGCUUUGGAUGAAAACGGUAUGGUGGUAUACGUCUACAUAGAGCAAUCAUUCACUAUACAUCUGAAAUACAUCUAUCAGACUUACAUGCAGGGAUUUUGAGCAACUUUAUUUUAAUCUUGUAGAUAUUAGUCUUGUAGAGAUGUAUCGAGCUCAUCCGGGUUGAUAGGUCAGGGUAAAAUGGCCACCGUUGUUCUUGUUGUCAGUGGUGACACAGUUCAAGCGAAGCAGUGGUCCACCUCAAGUUGCCUCACACUGUUAAUUCCAUCCAGAACUAUUGAGCUUUGACCACAGUGACUGACCACAGAGCAACAACUGACAAACUUAUUGGGAUAGUUCAACCCCACACCUAAGUCCUCCCUUUUCACAUCUCAAAAGUGGUCUAAUGUUGAGUUGAAUUCAUAUACCACAAGGUCUGUGGUGUAGAGCCUUGUAGAGAAAUUCGCAGGACUUAUGUUACAGACACACAGAGAAAUCGGACUGCCGAUAGGUAUUUAGCACAGUAGAAGGCUGCAGUGGCGUGUCUAGAACAUGUUAAACGGGUGGACAAGGUGAGGCACAUACCCAGUUUAGACGGGAAUAACAUUUACAACCUUAAUCGAUGUGCUUGCUUGUGCUCAAACAUUUUUGGUGGGCUUCAUAGUAAAGACACUGUGCACCCGUCAUUUGAAUGGAAAGGGACAUUUACAAACACCAGAAGUGUAAUGACAUUCGGCCUACAAGUGGUGUGUAUUCAUGGAUGCCAAAAUAAGCCAGGCUUCCCUCUGAAAUAUUACAAUUAAUACAAUGAUUUCUCAUUGGUGUCUAUUCAUGUUUAAUCAUUUUCCGUAAAAUUCUCAAGAGGCUGAAUCUAUUUCACCGGAGCGAGGGAAACAGGGCCUCUCUGGGCCAUCCCCUGGACACGCCACUAGGAUGCAAUUCCUUCUCUUUCUAGAACAAAAUAUGUCCCUGCUGUGUGCCGACCUGGUGCCGACAAACUUGCGGUUUCUACUUGUAGAAUCUCAAUGCUCGUCAGUGGCCUUAAACGGAACUUUGAUCCAAUCAGAGAGCACUAACCUCCACAUAGGGGAGUGACAAGAAAUAGUAAAGAAUAGGGACCUUUCCCGGUGUAAUCCUCCACCUUUUCAUCAGAAUUGUCCUAGCUAAAAGAAUAGAGCUGCAAAAUGCAUAGAUUUUUUUCUUGAGCAAUCUUGACAUAUUUUAUGUCUAGGAGUUUUGUGCUUGAAGAAAGAUUUUUAGUUAGGUUCAGUUUGAUAAUGUGCAGCCGCUCAAUAGUUAGCUAGCGAGCUCACAUUAGCUUGCUAACUGAGCCAGGCAGUCACACACACUUCAUAUGAAACUAAUCGAGUUGGUAAGUACAUAUGGUGACAACAUUUAAAAUAUGCAAAUGAGGGACAACAGGAUGAUUUUUACAGGACAUUUGAAUAGCCUACAUGGAAUUUUUUGGGCAGGGCAGCACAUUGCUCCCCCCCCUCCCCCAAAAAAUACCCCCAAAAAUACCCUCAAACACCAAGUUAGGCAUACCACGUUUAAAAAUAGACCAUCACUGUCAAUCGUGAAUGAUAAUUCUUCCUGAUUUACCAGUGAAAUGUCCAAACUGCAUGCCAAUCAUUUGAUCUCAAUCAGUUUCAUUGGAAUAUCCAUUAAGAUCUCCUUGAAUUACUGUUUUGUGACUAAAUUAGAGCUGAUGGUGUUAACAAACUAUUAGCCUUCCUGUAUUUUGAGUUUUGGACACAUUAUCUUUUGUUUUUUAACAUUCAGCUGACCUAAAAUCUCAUAAGAAAUUAGAUGGUGUUUUUGGUGUAACAACAACAUUAUGAUAUUAUAUCUGAGUCUGUUAUGUAAAAUACAAAUGAUCAUUAUGUUUUGAUCUAACUUUACUACAGAGCCAGCGCCAGAACAAAUCAGUUGGACGGGCAUUUGAUUUCCAUAUGGGGGGGGGGCAUGUUUUUUCACAGGAACUAUGUGCUUUUUUUAAAGGGUUUUAUAGUAAAGACAUGUAAUUUAACUGCAUUUUUUUUUAACCUUUUAAUGUUAAACACAACUUGUCUUCAUCUGAUUGUCAAACAAAUCACUUCAAAAAGUAGGUUACCUUCACACGUUCGUCCAAAAUCCGUGUUGUAGAGUACUUAAGUAAAAAUACUUGAAAGUACUACUGCUUUUAAAUGCUAGUAAAACUAAGUGCAUCCUCAACCGAUUGCUGCCCGCACCCUCCCGCCCGAC